AUGCGUAACAUCUUUACCCUUACAGAGAGGGCCCGAGAUAGAGGUGGGAGGAUCGUCUUUGACCUCAACUUUGUUGACAGGACGCUGGACGCAUUCUUUCUUGGCCAACUCAUCGUCCUCACUGUGGGUGAAGAACGAACCUCGACUGGCCCGCCCAAACAAGCUCUAGCCUGGAAACCUUCUGUCUUGGGGAACAACUUACCAGCUGGUGCUUCGGCUCCCGGGACCCCCCAACUUCAGCUUUGGGGCUACGCGAACUUCAUCUAUGAGGUUGCCCAACCUCAUGUUAUCUCCAUUCCCGAGGGGCAUAGAGUCAAUGUCAAGUUAAUUGGAAGCAACUGGACGAAUCCAGAUGGAUCUCUGCUUGCUAAUGUCGUCCCUGGUAUCGGAGGAGAAGAGGGGUAUGUUGAUACCAAAGGAGUAUUUCAUGUAGAUGUUCGAUAUGUCGCACAGUUCGUGAGCGAUGGAAAAUAUGCUUACGUGCAACUGAAAGGCAACGGAACGGCUGGUCGAUCCAAUAAAGUCACCAUGUCGGUCACACAUCUUCAACUUCAUAGCUCAUUUUACCUCGAUGUUUAA